AUGAGUAAAUUUCGAGCUUCUGGAAAGUGGAAUGGGGAUGCGCCGAGUCGAGAGACAGGGUCGAUCCGCGGAAAGACAAUAUCGAAUCCAAUUCCAAUAGAAGACGAGGAUUUCCCAAUUAGAACCCCAGGCACAGGCAUUGCAGUACCCAUAGGAUCCAAGGGAGAAGAACAAAUCCGGUUGAGGUCGUCCAACAGUCCCGAUCUGGAGAGUAUAAUGGAGAGACCAGCACUACCAGUGGGUGCUCCCGCAGACCAUUUAGAAUCGACGUCAGUAGCCGCGAAACCAUUAGAGGAGAAGCCAGCUAGACGCACAAGUCCUCCAAGAGCCCCGAGAAUGUCGACGACAAGCGUUCCUUCAAAGAUAAAUAUGGAAGCUCCCCAGCGGAAGAAGUCGUCGCUGAGGACGGUGUUUGGCAAAUUGUUUGGAAAGAAGCGGAAGAGCGUUGCCUCCACUACCACGGCUCCAAGUCAGGAUGGCGGGGAUCGUGCGGAUCAGCACCGCAGUGAUCCGUCUGCGCUCACUCGCAACAAGAGAGAUUCUUCCAACACCCAGACUCGCUCAGUCUCAUUGCCGAUAAAUGAGUAUAACCGCGCAUUACGGUCUCACUCGAUUGUACUCGAUCCAGAGGACUUCACGAUGCGCGAAAAUCCAGAGACAAACCAGCGAGACUCCACACAGACAGAUGGGCAGACGCGGGCGAGGAGAGCUACCACACCUAGCAGAUUAUGGACACCAACAAAAGCAGCUGGGUUUGCUGGUGACUGGACAGGCUUAUCACCUCGUCCUGCUAGUAGCCAUGCAAGAGGAAGCAAAUCCGUAUCUGCUGGGGAAGCAGACACUGGCAUUGGCAUGGCCGUUACCAGCGGUAGCCAUCCAAACCGACGUUCCAGAAGCGUGGGCGAACUCAGAGCUAUCACUUCACCUGCCAUAGCAAGACGGAGAAGUGAUGAAAUCCGAUACUGGCGAGAAAGCUAUGACCCAGGGGUGAUAUCUCCCUUGUCCUCGAACCGAGCCGAAGACCCCAUAUUGUCCGACGAUGGUGAGGAUCCACACGUGGAACCCGAAGAACCUCCUCAACCCUUCAAUUUCGGACCUAUGGGUGAAAUGGCCGGCAUGAAGAUAACUCAAGCAGCGAGUUUGGAGUCUCGGGUUCUUCAGCUAGAAAAUAGAGUGCAGAGGAUGGAAAAGGCUGUGAUUAAGCUCCAUCGAUAUCAAUCUGCCGAAGCAUUACAGCUUCAAGAUCCUCCAAGAAGAUCAAAUAAAUAUAAUAGUGUGUCGUAUGGUCACAGACCAGCUACGGGCACAUCUGAGGCUUCAUUGCCAAAACAUGAAACUCGACAUCGAACACUCGACACGGGGUCAUAUGGAAGCCAAUUCCGUUCCUCAUCAUAUGGAAGCAGUCGACCACGUACAGUCGACACUGAUACCCAACAACUACCCUCGCUAGAAACAUUUCCUUUAUCAAACAACGAAAACAGUACCUCCCAAACCGUCCGGCCUCUCUCCACAUCCACCACCAUCCGCGGCAUCCCAUCUUCCUCCCCCACCAUCUCGAAAGACGGCUCCUUCACAGCCGAACACCUAACCUACCUCACCAACCUAAUAGUCAAUGAGCAAACAGCUCGCCACCAGCUCGAAGCCAUCGUCCAGACCCUCUCAAGCCAACUCCAAAGUCUAAAAGUCACGUCUUCUGGGAAUGACCGCUUAAACCUAAACACGCAAGGUAAAGCCCGUUUCGAACACUUCGAACAAGACGACAGUGAAGACGAAGCCGGCUACGGUGACGAGGUCUUCCAAACGCCCAAUGAGGAGCGGAAUUGGGGCGAUGGCACGUUUGGGGAUGUGAUGAAGGGGGAUAGUAGGACGUUGAGUCUUAGUCGGAUGACGACAGGUAAUGGAUUGCAACUUGUAUAG